AUGACCAUCCCCCCUCGAUCCCCACUCCGCCUGCUGCAAGCUCAGAAAGGCGCCAACACCACCAUUUCUGUCUCAUCUCAUUCACCUCUUCUCACCAGCCGGCUACCACACCUUUCACCAACCCCAUCCUCAUCAUGUGGCCUUCCGUCGCCCGAUCUGCUUUCCCCUCUAGUCUACAGCCCCCUAUCAAUGCUUUUCGAAGGCAUCAUUGCCGACUCAGCAUCCAUCUACACCCUGCAAGGUGGAGAGGGCAGCGGCAUCCCCUACAGCCCUCUUGACUCUCCUCGUGACUAUGCAUGUUCACGUUGUUCCUCGAGCAUCAAUUCUUCGGAGGCAAGCACGAUUGUACCUACUCCACAAACACUCGCUAUGGUGCUAGGGAAAAAGGGAGGCAGAGUAGGGGAAAAGCUGGAUCAGGCGCUAGAAGAGCUCUUACAGCAGGACAGCGACUCUCGCUCCAGCUCUCGACUUGGUCUGCGACCUGAAAGACGAGAGAGUGGCGUGAGUGUGCCGUGUGGUUUUGCAGCCAAAAAGGAGUCGUCGGGAUGUGCAACGAUGAAUGACGACACACCGUCAAUUCUGACAAUGCCGGGUGGAGGUCCGCUGCUUGAUACCAUCAAUGCUGAGUGCUUGAAGCCAUUUUGGAACAGCCCUUUGCUCGAGCCUACUGCUCUUGGCUUGUAUAAACCUUCUGCACCUUCAGACGUGAUGAAAGAGCAAGUGCAGCACAGGGGAAAGGUACCAAGCAGACCUCCGCGUCCAGCUCACUGCUCGACAACGCUUGAAGAUCUGAUCGAUCUUAGCCCCAACAGCUUCUCUGGUACCUUCAAGCCGGCAAGCAUUGCUGGCACUGCAUCACCAAGCCUGCGCAGCCUGAGAAAAACUCCAGCAGAGUACCUCAAGUCGCACAGACGGACUAGUAGCAUCCAGACGCUUGAUACUUUUGGGGUGCCGAGGGGCCUAGGACAAGCAGGAGUGACAAAAGCUGAUCCGGCUCCUGUGAUGCUGGAAGCAGAGGCAGCGAAGGAAAGUGAUAGUGUAAGUAUUAGCAGUAUGGCAACUUUUGUCUCCGCUCGGUCCAUGGAUUCACUCCAACAGAGAUCGGUGGAGCAGGACAGGGAGAUGGUGGUAGAGAAAGUUUCCCAGUAUCCAUCAGUACCGAUCGUCCGUAUAGCACCUGCACCUGUCCGCCAGAAGAAGGAGCAACAACAGCUACAGCACCAGCGUAGACCAGGUCUCGAGAACAGAUGCUAUCCACCCUCAGCCAGCCGCUCUCCUGCACCGCCGGCGCCGCAAGAGCUUCAUCUUCCCCAGUCAAAACACGGCGAAAAGCCACAAGCAACACAACGCAAGCCAUCCCUCCUCCGUAAACUCAGCCUGAACAUCCUCUCCUCCAGGAAAAUAGAACUGCAGAACCAUACUGGUCCAACAGACUACAGCAAAUCUCCUCGCUUCUCGUCUUCUCUCCCCGUCAGCGUCAACACCACUGUCACGCCUUUUCCCAUCACCGUCGUUCCCUUUUCCACUACCCCCCCGGUAAGAACGCCGCUGAGCCGAAAGACGAGUUUUUUUCGCCCUGCACCGUCCAAUCCUAAUAUGAAUGGAGGAUCGCCUGCCUCUCCCGCCGUUGUGAGCUCCCAAUUGAACCGCAAAACUAGCUUCUCUUGCGAACCGCCCAAAGGAGCACUGGCACGAGAAAGGAGCACAUCCUUCUCCACCCGCCCCUCACCACCACUAUCCACGCCCAUCUCGCCACCAAUGAUGCGAUUCCGUUCCGCAUCAGACCUGAACUCUCGAUACAUCUCCCGCAACCGAUCCGGCUCAAUGAACUCCUCUUACCCCCCUCCCUCGGCUUCUUCUCUCAGCAACAAUUCGCCUCUGCCACGCAAAUCAUCGCUCAAGCGGACUCCCUCCCGCAGCUCGCGCAGCAGCAGUAGCACCACAAACAGUGCAACCGCUUGCCCUGGCAGUGCCAGAUCGCAACCCAAGAGCAACAGAGCGAGAAUCGUCGGAAGCGCAACAGAGUGCGUCAGUGCAAGAAAAGUCACGUUUGGAGAUGUGACUACUAGUCGUGUUGCUCGUGUUUCGCAGUUGGAGGCUGAGGAAUCGGUCGAGAUAUUGGUGGAUGAAGAUGCCAGGAUUCAAGAAAGGUUGGUGGAAAGCAAGCAGGAUGAGGAUACGCGGCAGAGGGAGAUAGAGAAGGAGGCUAAGAAAAGCAGGGAGGAGAAAGGGAUCGAUGUUUCGCCUGCGGUGCGCGGUCCCUGGAUCCAAUUGCACAGCUUGUCGAUGCCUUGGAGUAGGAGAUCCUAG